AUGGGAGGUCCAGACGAGGGCGUGGCAGAGAGUGUGCAGCACCCCUCCCUCACCAUCCUGGAGGGGGAGGACAAGCCCCCCCACGAUGCCCCCUGCAUCCCCGAGGGGCCCCUUCCAGUGCUUCCUCUCUGCUGCUUCGACAUGCUCCUCACCGAAGACGUGACCUGGCUGCUGAAGGGGGCAGAGCCACACACUCCCUCUGCCCCUGUCCCCUCCCCCAGCCCCGCCCCCGAGGAGCCGGAGCAGUGCCCUGUGAUCGACAGCCAGGGCGUCCCGCUGGCCCCGGGUUCGAGCCUCCCACCCGCACUGCAGGGGCAGGAGGAGUGCUCGCUGGAGCAGGUGCAGACCCUGGUGGUGGGGGAGGUGCUAAAGGACAUCGAGACCGCCUGCAAGCUCCUGAACAUCCCAGCAGACCCCCUGGAGUGGAGCUCGGGGAACGUGCAGAAGUGGGUGCUGUGGACGGAGCACCUGUACCGGCUGCCCCAGGUGGGCGGGUCGUUUCAGGAGCUGAGGGGGAGGGAGAUCUGCGGCCUGACUGAGGCGGAGUUUCGGCAGCGCUCUCCUCAGAGCGGCGACAUCCUCCACGCACACCUGGACAUCUGGAAGUCAGCUGCUUGCAUGAAGGAAAGGUGUUCUCCAGGUGACAGCAAGCUUACAGAAGGGGAGGAGCUGUGGGCGGAGGCUGAUUCGUCCUGCUCAGGGCAGCCCAUCCAUCUGUGGCAGUUCCUGCGUGAACUCCUCCUCAAACCACAUAGCUACGGACGCUGUAUUCGCUGGCUCAACCAGGAGAAAGGCAUCUUCAAAAUUGAGGACUCGGCCCACGUAGCCAGGCUGUGGGGCCUGCGGAAGAAUCGCCCUGCGAUGAAUUACGACAAGCUGAGCCGCUCCAUUCGCCAGUACUACAGGAAGGGCAUCAUCCGCAAGCCUGCGGUGUCCCAGAGACUCGUCUACCAGUUCCUGCACCCUGUGUGA